GGUUUUUGUUGGUCGCGGUAGUAACAUUUARGUGUGAGGAAAGUGGUUUUGRAGCUGAUCAAAAACGCCUAUAAACAGCUGUAGCCAUGAAGCUGUUACUGGUAGUAGGGAUGCUACUAUUAGGCGUUGUCUGCUAUUCUGAAGCUCAAGAAUGCAACAGAAAAGUAGACCUAGUGUUCGCCAUGGACUCGUCGGGGAGCAUGAGUUCAACGGAGUACCUUGAACAAAAGCGGUUCGUUCAACUUCUUACAAAAAAGUUCAAAAUYUCACCACGYGGUACGCACGCYGGUGUCAUAGUGUACAGCAACAGCGCGUCCAUCAAAAUAGGAUUGAACGAGAAAAAUACCUGGCUUGAACACGCUAGAGCUGUUAGCCGUAUACCAUUCGAGAGAGGGAAUACAAGGAUUGACUUGGCUCUAAAGAAAGCUAAGGAGAUAUUUCAUCCAUCGAAAGGAGGUAGACAAGGCAUUCCCAAGAUACUUAUGUUACUUACAGAUGGACAGCAAACAUCAGUUAGAGGAGAGAUUCCUGAUCUUGGUAGAAUGAUGUCCCCCCUGAAAAGGAUGAAAGUGAAGACWUAUGCAAUAGGAAUUGGGAGAAAUUCSGAUCCAAAACAGUUAAGGUUGCUUGUCGAAAAGCCACAAGAUGUCAUGAGGGCGAGGACCUACAACUCGCUGAGACGACACGUGUACCGCAUAACAUCCAAGCUGUGUGCUGAUGCCAUUCCACCGGCAUAUGGUAUCUAUCCACUUAACGCACAAACUCGUGGACAAGAUGUCAGCGAAAAUGGCUCCCCAAGAGCAUCAUUCCAUCAUAUUUGGCAGASCACUGGACCGCUUGGCAGACCUGGCGGGGCAUUAUACCUCGGUCGAAGUUCCAGUUAUGUUGAGAUCCCGAAUCGCAGUGGAGGCAAACUAGACACAAAGCAUUCUCUAUCGAUAUUUGUUUGGGUAUAUYUAACGCACUAUGGAGGUCCUAUCGUGAACUACAGAGUUAACGGCUAUGGUGUUGGUUUGUAUUACUAUGGGAGAAAUACCAUAUCCGCUAAUUUCAUUGGACGAUUGGGAUACUUCAGCCGUCGCCUGGUAUAUAGAAGAAUAGUACCAAGAAAAUGGCUGUAUAUUGGAAUGACCUACGAUCAGGAUACCGGUUAUGGAGCGCUUUGGAUCGAYAACAAACGUGUUAGCCGAAAACUGGUGGGACGAAUCAAUCUCGGUACUCAAUACCCAAUUCGCAUCGGWUCCGUUAGAGGUUUGCGGAGACAUUUUAGAGGAAGAAUCACGUGUUUACAAAUUUAUGGCACAGCCUUGGAUGCUGAUCAAAUCAAGGCCGUUAAGAGAAGAUGUAACGCACCUAUUCGUACGUAUAUCUUUCUACUGGACUAA